AUGGUGACGCUGAACAUCCCAGGACGGACAGGAGGAUCGUGCUGCUCGGUCUACCUGGAGAUGGAAAAAGUGCAUCAGGAAACACCAUCCUGGGAUCUCAGGUUCAGAUCAGGCUGUGGCUUUAAUGCAGUCAGUACAGAGACCGUCUCUGGGUCAGCCACAGUGGGGGGUCGUCAGGUCACAGUGGUGGACACUCCAGGAUUCACUGGAAAAGUCCUGAGACCCAAAAAGCUGUACCUGGAGAUCAUGAAGUUGAUAAAAGAGGCCAGUCCAGGACCACAUGCCUUCGUCAUCGUGGUGAAGAUAGACAGGAUCUCUGAAGCCAAAGUCAAACUGUUUGGGAUUCUGCCAAAACUCUUCGGCAGGGAUGUUGAUAAGUAUGUGAUGGUCCUUUUCACUCAUGGAGAUAAACUAAAAGGCCAAUCAAUUGGUGAUUUGUGCAAUGAAAACAGAUAUGUAAAAAAUCUGGUGGAAAAGUGUGGCGGUAGAAUCUGUGUGCUUGAUAACACAAACACAGGAAACAGGAUGCAGGUCAAUGAGCUUCUGGAGAAAAUAGAUGAGAUGGUCACAGCUAAUGGUGGCGUGCACUACACCUCAGAGAAGUUCAGGAAGGCUCAGACAGGCAUGGUGAACAUAUCCAUAAUAUGGGAUGAAAUUCGUGAAGAUUUCAUACGUCUGAUCAGUGAAUUAGAUUGUCUUCACUGUGGGUAUAAGAGGUUGGAUUAG